AUGUUUAGUUGCUUAGGGUAUGAAUGGAUGAGCGGGGACUAUAAAACCUCGCACUCUGCUUGGGUUAUCAAUUCUCUGCCUGACCAUUUUCAGCCUGGGCCUGACUUUUUUGGAAUUCCUUGGAUAGCUAUCAUUAUUGUGUUUCUGGGAAUUUCUACACUUGGCAUUUUCCUCUGGAAAACUAGCUUUGGGCUGAGGUCCACUUGUACGCACACAAAGAAAAAGGUUUCUUCCUUUCCAGGAAUUAAAAUUGCCUGGGAGACCUUUUACUUCAUGGAGAUAUAUGAAGCCAAAGUUCGAGCUGAGGUCCAUAAGGUGACAACGGACAACAGGUCAUUACCAAUCCAUGGACAGAGGGAAUCUGUCCCUUCUAAUCUCAGGAAGCUGAGAAUGAAAGAAUGUGAGCAAGCAGAAAAGGAGAGGCAGCUCUCAGAGGCAGAGGAAAAUGGGAAAUUGGUUAUGAAAAAAAUACGCACCUACAAGAAAAUGUUUCAAGACAUGCAACAGUUGCAGUGGCGGGCAGAGGACUCCUACAGAUGCAAAAUCACCCCUUAUGCAAGAAAGGCUCUUGACAACUGGGUCAGUAUGGUUGCAGUGGAGCAUCAUCAUUCCUCAGGAUUGCCCUACUCGCCCUACCUCAUGGCUGAACCUUUAAGACAAUGGAUGGGCCACCAGCCGCCUCCUCCAUCUCAGUAUCAUCUGGGAGCUCAACCCCUUCCAUCAGCUAAAGUUGAUGAUUUUCUGAGACCACAGACACCUCCCGUCGAGUGUCCUCUGAGACCUCGACCAUUUUCUACCACUGAUGAUUUUCUGAGACCGCAGACACCUCCCCUCGAGUGUCUUCUGGUACCUCAACCACCUUCUCCUGCUGAUGAUUUUCUGAGACUGCAGACACCUCCCGAGUGUCUUCUGGCACCUCUUCCACCUUCUACAGCUGACGAUUUUCUAAGACCACUUCCCACAGACGGUCCCCUGGGACCUCGCCCAUUUUCUCCAGCUGAUGACUCUCUGAGACUGCAGACACCUCCCGAGUGUCUUCUGUUGAUGAUUUUCUGCAACGACAGACACUUCCAGUCUCAUGUCCCCUGGGACCUGUACUAUUUUCUCUAG